AAAACAUUGUGCCAAAAAGCGGAACAGCUGUUUGGCAAUAUAUAAACAUUAAGUUUUUUUUUUUUGUUUGCAACAAUUAUACAAUGCGUUUGGGUGGCGUGCUGCGUUGCCGCAGCGUUACAAAGUUACAACAAUAUGUGCCACAACACAAACCGGCUCUAGAGAAUGACAUAAAGCGUCUCGAAGACUUUCUGCUGUCCAAACCAAAUAUUUUGGUUCUCACAGGCGCGGGCAUAUCCACAGAAUCAGGCAUACCCGACUAUCGUUCAGAGGGCGUUGGUCUCUAUGCGCGUACCAAUCACAAACCCAUACAGCAUAUUGAUUUCGUUAAAUCGAAUAAUGUACGCAAACGUUAUUGGGCUCGCAACUUUGUUGGCUGGCCAAAUUUCUCCAGCACCCAACCAAAUGCCACACAUCAUGCGCUGGCACGCUUUGAACGUGAGACACGCAUCCAAACCGUGGUCACACAGAACGUGGAUCGUUUGCAUACGAAAGCGGGCAGCAAACAAGUGACGGAAUUGCAUGGCAGCGGUUACGUGGUCAAGUGUUUGAAAUGCGAUUAUCGGAUCGAUCGCCAUGAGUUCCAGAGCAUACUCACUUCAUUGAAUCCGGCGUUUAAAGAUGCCCCUGACAUGAUACGACCCGAUGGUGAUGUGGAAAUACCCGCCGAUUAUAUUGAGAACUUUAUCAUACCCAGUUGUCCGAGUUGUGGUGGCGAUCUUAAGCCUGAAAUUGUCUUCUUUGGCGACAGUGUGCCGCGUCAGCGCCUGGACGACAUUGCUGGCAUGGUUUAUAAUAGCGACGGGUUGCUGGUGCUGGGCUCCAGUCUGCUUGUCUUCUCAGGCUAUCGCAUUGUUCUGCAGACAAAGGAUCUGAAGUUGCCGGUGGCGAUUGUCAACAUUGGCGAAACGCGUGCGGAUCAUUUGGCGAACAUUAAGAUCUCAGCCAAGUGCGGCGAUGUGAUACCCAAGCUCUUUGACUACAGAAAUAAAAAUUAGCUAAGGACGAUUGCUUGCUUAUAAU